ACAACUUUAAGUGCGAUUCACGAUACUAGUCUAAUGGGCCACGACCUAAAAUAAUUGGUUUGGGCCUCUGUAGAAUAAUAGCUCAAAUAGGAGUGUCUUAUCACAAAUGUAUGUUGGCUGUUAGCUUAUGUGCUAUCUAGCUAGCAAAAAUAAUAUUGACGCAAGCUAGUUGAGGCCAACGAGGUAACGUCGUAAAAUUACAUUAGUGAAGCCGCUCAGUUAUCUUUUACAUCUGGUAAUAACUGCACCGUGCUGAGCAAUCACGGUUGAUACCCCUUGACUGCAUCGGACCACAGAAAAGAACAGCCUCCCAAAGAUUGAAAGUUAAGGAGCAGGAUGUCGAUCACUAACACUCCCACGAGUAACGAUGCCUGCCUGAGCAUCGUGCACAGCCUGAUGUGCCACCGGCAGGGAGGAGAGAGCGAAAGCUUUGCUAAGCGAGCGAUUGAGAGUCUAGUCAAGAAGCUGAAGGAGAAGAAAGAUGAGUUGGACUCGCUUAUCACAGCCAUCACUACAAAUGGAGCACACCCAAGCAAAUGUGUGACGAUACAGCGAACUCUGGAUGGACGCUUGCAGGUUGCGGGACGUAAAGGUUUUCCUCAUGUAGUCUACGCCCGACUGUGGCGUUGGCCCGAUCUGCACAAGAAUGAAUUGAAGCAUGUGAAGUAUUGCCAGUAUGCCUUUGACCUGAAAUGUGACAAUGUGUGUGUCAAUCCAUACCACUAUGAGAGGGUGGUCUCCCCUGGCAUUGAUUUAUCAGGGCUGACGCUUUCGACUUCAGGUCCACUUUUGGUGAAGGACGAGUAUGACUUCGAUAAUCAGCAAUCUCACUCCAGCAAUGAAAGCCACCUGCAAACAAUUCAGCAUCCACCAUCGAGGCCGGGCCCACAGGAGUCCUUCAGCACCCCUGCUCUACUCCCCCCAUCAGAAGCCAGCAGCUCAGCUUCAACCUCUGCCUUCUCUACCAUCGCUGCUGGACCUUCAAAUCCUCCUCCCAGCUGGAGCAGAAACAGCAGCUUCACCCCUGCGGUGCCUCAACACCAGAAUGGACAUCUACAGCAUCACCCACCAAUGCCUCACACAGGCCAUUACUGGCCUGUUAGCAAUGAAAUAGCUUUCCAGCCCCCGAUAUCCAACCACCCUGCUCCAGAAUACUGGUGUUCCAUUGCUUACUUUGAGAUGGAUGUUCAGGUCGGGGAGACUUUUAAGGUGCCGUCCACAUGCCCGAUAGUUACUGUGGAUGGUUACGUGGAUCCUUCAGGUGGGGAUCGUUUCUGUUUGGGACAGCUGAGCAACGUGCACAGGACAGAGAACAUAGAGAGAGCCAGGCUUCACAUUGGUAAGGGUGUGCAGCUGGAGUGCAAAGGUGAAGGCGACGUGUGGGUGCGCUGUUUGAGCGAUCACGCAGUGUUUGUGCAGAGUUAUUACCUGGAUCGUGAGGCUGGACGCGCCCCCGGAGAUGCUGUUCACAAGAUUUACCCAAGUGCUUACAUUAAGGUUUUUGACUUGCGUCAGUGCCACAGGCAGAUGCAGCAGCAGGCGGCCACGGCGCAGGCAGCAGCUGCAGCCCAAGCGGCAGCAGUGGCUGGAAACAUUCCAGGUCCUGGCUCUGUGGGAGGCAUUGCUCCCGCAAUCAGUUUGUCUGCUGCCGCAGGCAUCGGGGUUGAUGACCUACGCAGGCUGUGCAUCCUGCGGAUGAGCUUUGUAAAGGGCUGGGGCCCAGACUACCCGCGGCAAAGCAUCAAAGAGACGCCCUGCUGGAUUGAGAUCCAUUUACACCGAGCACUACAGCUGCUGGAUGAAGUGCUGCACACCAUGCCCAUAGCUGACCCACAACCUCUUGACUGAGUUAAGACAUGAAUUGUACAAUAAAGAACUUAACACACAACUCCACCUAUAGGCCUAGAGGGCCUUUAGGUAGACUGCAGCCGCAGGGAAGACUAGCUGAGUAGCUUGUAGUCUUGGAAUGUGACAUAAAGGCCGGCAGUAUAUUUAAGCAUGCUGCUUUCACAUCUCUUGCUCCCAGUAGUUCCACAGAGCUGAGUGAGGUGCAUAAAAUAGUGGAAACUCAAGAUUAAAGUGUGCAUGCAAAGAGACACAGAUAAUGUUUUAAAGUUCACUCUUUUAAACUGCACGAGUUAGUCUGAGCUCCUUUGUUUUUGCUUCAGGCUAGAUUGGUCCUUAAUAUUUUCACUGGCCCGGUGGAUCUGCAGAGAAACUGAGCAGACAUGUUUUAUAUCUAAAACUUGAAGGCUUCACGUCCAGUGCAUUUUUCUGCCGGGCUGCCGAGGAAUCUGUCUGCUGUGAACAUGUUUGCACACUACAUCCACCUCUCAAACUGGCCAUAGGAGUGGCAGGCAUGAAUAUGUAAAUCAGUCAACAUUUUGAAAUAUUUGCUGCUCUGAUCAACACUGAACUGAUGAUCACGGGUUGUUUUUUUUUUUUUCCCACGCCGUUCUGCUGAACGCCACACACAAGUCAAAACACCUGUUAGUUUUCUUCCAGUUGUAACUGGUUAUAAAGUCAUUUUCACAUG